UAACUUUUUUGCACAUUAGGAAUUCAGUUAGGAAAAAUAAAAAAUACUUUUUUUGUCGUACAUUUUAGUAAUACAAAGAAAUGGGACUAACUGCUCAAACAUCUUUAACGACUUUUGCCUCAUUUUCUUUGUUGUUGGUUGUUACUAUUAUACCAGCUGUUCCAUUUGUGUCUUGUGUUUCGUGGGGUACGUGGAGUGAUGGAUUUUACAUGAAUUACGGCCCAGCAGUGAGUAUAGCAACAAACACUCAGUUAUGUGGAAAGUAUUGUUUUCAAAAGAUUAUUGACGGCGAACUUUUUGUUGGUGCAAUUUUUGGAAAGUUUUGCUUUUGUUUGAUAAAAUCUUUGGGAUUCACAUUUCAACCGAGUACAACUUUUAAGUACCUCCAAUUUAAAUUUUCGUAUAUUGACUCUUAUAAAUCGGUUUGCCAAAUUGGUGAAACAUUAAUGUUUAAUGUUAGGAUGAGAUUUUACAGCGAAGGAAACGACAAAAGCAUUGUGUAUUUUAUAGACAAUUUAAAUGAGCCUCUAACAAAGUCUGGACGAAUAUAUAACAUUGAUUCUAUAAACUAUGGAAGAAGCACUUAUGACAGUAGAGUUUUAGGAAAGUAUAAUGAAACUAAUCAGGCCAAUUCACUUGAAGAAUAUUACGGCAGCGGAGGAGUUGAUACAGAAAUCGAAAAUCUUUACACUCUUGUUACCAAGGUAGGCGACAUGUCCGCUGAAACUAAACAGACAGAAUGGGCAGUUUUGAUUGUCUCAAGUAAUAAAAGACUUCAGUAUACUCUUACUCCAUUUAUUGUUUUACGUCCACCAAUGAACUGCAGUUUACUUAUAAGUACAUCAUCAAUGCUGAAAAAUGACCGUUUUUAUGUAAACUUUACUCUAACAACAAGUGUUAACUGCACAGCAGAUCUGAAAAAUAUUUACUUACUUUUGCAUCCUGAAAAGAGAUUUAUAUAUAGAGGAAUAAUUUGGGAUAAAACCACAAGUCGUGCAUCGUUAAUUAUGCCAACAUCAGUGAUUGUUAAUGAGAAAUAUAUUUCAAUAUAUCUAAGUCAUUUAAGAAUUGAUACUACUUUGAAGUUUUCUGCUACUUUUGAUAAUAAUGUUACAACGGCUGUAACUGGUACUACCAAUUUGACGGUUCUUGCAACUUUGGUAUUUUGCGAAUAUGUUAAUAAUGUAACAGUUAACAAAUCAAGAACUUUUAUAUUUAAAAGACCUCUUCGACAAAUUAAGCAGGAAAUAACUACUUUCAGUCUUAAGUCUGAUAUCAAUGUUACAAGUUUUGAGACGACGACCCACUUAUUUUAUUGCCAACCCAUUCAAAAAAGACAACAGACAGCUUGUUAUCAAAAAGAAAAACGAAAUCGUUUUAUAACUUAUUUACCAAUACAGUUUCUGGAAGUUAUCGGCUACAAUCCAAUAACAAAAUAUGUUUACGGAAAAACCUUUCAUGAUCACAUUGUUGAGCUGGACUUUAACAGAAAGAUACCAGCUGGAAUCAUAUCAAGUGAUAAAUGGAAUAAAAUAAAAAGUGAUAUCAACUUUCAACUGAAAAACAAAUAGAGCAUGUAUUACAUAAAGCCUUCCAAACCCUUUCGCUUCCCCAGGUUGUUAGUGUUUAUUAUUAAUUUUGACCAAAGUUUUUUUCACAGUGCUAUAUCAUUGUUCUGUAAAAACAAUUUUUUUUUUACUUCACAUGUUCCUUUUCCUUUACUCAAUAUUAGCAAAUAUAGCAGUCCAUUUAGCAGGGGAAAUAAAAACGCCUAAUAUUAAAAGCUCAAGGUGAUAGUAUUUGUUAGAUAUGUUACCAUAAAAUUAUCAACAUUCCGUAGCUAUGGUACGACAAAACAUUUACAAGUUGCUAAAAUGUUAGAAGAGUUCGUAUAACAAUUAACCUAAAUUACUGCAAGCAUUGUUAAUAAAGAAUAAACUAACUGUUUUUAAUAAACAUUGUUUGGCAAUUUAUUGUUGCUUUUUUGAAAAUAACUUGUUUAAAAUAACUUUUUUGUUUACUACUUAGCCAAAAGUGUUUACAGAAGACUUUCUUGGAUUACAAUUUUUAGUUUUAGCAGUAAAUAACAUAUUUUAUAAAUAUAAUAUAAAUGUAAAAAGCUUCAGUUA